GAUGCUAAGACAUAAAUUCUAUGGAAAUAGAACUGGAGGUUUUGACUUUAAGAUGACAAAACGGAAGUUUAAUAAUUCAAAGAAGAGAGGUGUCAUAACUCAUCAUCAACCCGUUAGACCUUCUGAAAGACGUCCUGUUAAUACAAGGAUAGAACCUCGAAAUCCCUUUGAGGAAGAAACUCUCGAUGAUAUCGAUCACUACACAGGAUCUACUUUUGAUCAAAUAUCAAAUAUCCGUAGUGAGUUGGUAAACAUUAAUAAUCGCCUUAACAGAAAAGAUGAUAAUUUCUUUAACAAUUCCAGGCAACCAUCGAGACAUCAUUAUUUUGAUUCGUACGAAAACCCUGCUAGAACAAGACCCUCUACAAAGGGGCUCAUAAAGGGCGAGCUAGAGCCAGUAGAUCAUGAAAAGGCCAAACAAAAGCUAAAGCUUCUGUUAGAAAAGCAACUACAGAAGGCUAAAGGUAAGCGUAAAAGAGAGCUUCAGAGAAGACUUGCUGAAAUUGAUCGAAGAGAGGUCAGUCUCGGUCAUGAUGCAUCCUCAGAUUACAACUACUCUAAGAUUAUGAAACUUAGCGGCUUAGCUAAACUAGACCAUUCGAUUCACUCACGAGUUCGUAAUCUGAAGCAGAACAAUAGUGAGAUUAGAGGAAAUAUCAACCAGGUUAAAGAUCGCAUUCUUGAGACAUCCCAGUACAGAUCUUCCCCGAAGGCAAACAACACCAUGAUAGUUACAAGGAAUAAUACUUCUAAAUAAACCCGUACUCAAAGAUAGGAUUUUCCAAAAGAAGAUUUCUUGUGAUUACAGAGACAAAAAAAAGACCCAAUUUAAGAAGGGCAUUAUUAUUAUUCAGAGGAACAAAAUGAUGACCUCAAAAAUUCCCAGAGAAAAUGACAAAGAAUUGAAACUUAGCGGUCUAAGGUUAAAAUCUAGACCUAUCAAGCGCAAAAUAAUGGCAAAAUGGAAGUCAUUCACACAAAAACUCUUGAGAAGAAAUCGGUAUAAGCACUGAAAGAAAAGAGGCUCAUAUCUCAAUGCAAGUCGGUCAUAUAAGGGGAAAAUUAUAGAUUCAGGUAUUCCUUUACCUAUCUCUCCCAGUCCUAGAAGAUUUUUAAAAGAGAAUAAGACCUUGAUUAUUGAUGAUUUGGAAGAACCUGAGAACGAUCUUCACGAGACUGUGGAUCAUAUAAAAAAUUAUUUACAUAAAUUCCAAAUAAAAUAGCAAAAUUGAAGAAAAUUAUUCAAAAAUAAAAAAAUCAAAAUCUAUUAUAUUAGCUUGAAUGAAAGGAUAUAGAGAACGAAAAUAUGUUAAAAAGCUUAGAAUUGCAGCUCAUACUAUCAUAAAGCAUUAUAAAACUUAUAAAAUUGCUGUGAAAUCAAAAAUGGCAGCUAAAACUCCUCCUCCUCGUAAAAUAAAAUCUCCUUCUUUGACUCCAAAAUCUCCCUCUCCAACAGCACAGGUUGAAGAAUCUCCAGCAACCAUGAAGAGGAAACGCCAAUUAGAAUUCAUCCGCAAGCAGAGGGAGAUAACUGUGAUGAAGAAGAAAUAGAAAGGAAGCUGUCAGAAUUUUCGAAAAGUAUUACUGCAAAAAAUUAAUCAGAAGGAAGUACAGAGAAUUUAGAAAGAAAUUAGCCAAGAUUCCAAAAGAAAUGCGGAUAGUCUACUUCAAGUAUAUGGCAUUACGAGCAGAUACGAAUGUCCUAGUCAGUGAAUUUCAUCGAGACCUCGGCGAGCCUAAGGGUGUCAUGUCUCCCACUAAUUUCUUGAUUGAUUAG